AUGAAUUUGUACGGGCGCGUGACUGCGGUAGAGCACGACAAUAAGGUAGUUGAACUUCCGGCACUUACACCGGCAGUACACCACACCGCCCUUCGAAAAACGCCGCCACAGCGACAACCGCAACAAAAUCUGAAUCACCGAAUCUGCUGUCAGCGAUGGCAGCAACAACAGCGGAAUGAUUGUAGCAGCAACACUGAUGGCAAAAGCAGCGGCAGCAGCAGCGGCAGCAACAGCAGCAACAUUAGCACUUGGAGUGCCACAAAACGCAUCAACAUGAAUAACAACAUUGACAACAGUUGCAGCCUCAAUACAAUUACCAUCAACACUCAAGUUAGUAACAGCAACAACAGAUGGCAUUAUCAAUUUGUUCGUCUGCGUUUCAAUUAUGCUGAACUCUCGGUAGUCCUUAACUACAUCAAAGUUACAACUUCCAACAGUGAUAUGUGUCCCAAACUGCGAGGACCGACCUCUUUUCUAUUCUAUCAGCGCCGUACUUGUCCUGUAUAUGGACUCUUGCGACUGCAACAAAUUUACCAAGGACUCAAACCGGGCAACGAGUCAUUUCAAGUGGAGAUGGUUAAACGUAUUGCCAACAUAACAAUGGCCAUCGACUUUCUGCAUACGCUCGAGGAUUUGGGACGCUUCAACAACAAAUACAUUGUGCUCGAUUGUCCAACGGAAAUGGCGAAACAAAUACUCAUACAACAUGUGCGCGAUAUAUCGCUAGGACGAAGGACGUAUCAUUAUUUGUUAAGCGGUUUGGUAAUGGAUGAUCGUUGGGAAAGUGAAAUCAUCGAAUUUGGCGCCAUCAAUAUAACCGGAUUUCGUAUUGUUGACACUAAUCGCCGGUUUGUACAUGAUUUCCUUGACAAUUGGAAGCGUUUGGAUCCGGCGACAUCGAUGGGCGCGGGCAGAGAAUCAAUAUCGGCACAGGCCGCCCUCAUGUACGAUGCCGUUUUCGUUCUCGUCGAAGCUUUCAACAAAAUUCUGCGCAAGAAACCCGAUCAAUUCCGCAACAACAUCCAACGUCGAGGUCAACAAACACUUAUGGCAGCGGCCUCCACGUCCAUUAACGGUACAAUGGGCAUGACAGGUGGCGGCAAUGCUGGCGGCAUGGGCAGCGGUAUCGGCGGCAGCGGUAUCGGCGGCGGCGGCGGCGGAGGAGGUAUUGGCCCUGGUGGCGGCAGUGGCG